AUGAGCGACGCGACAACAGUGGGUAGCGAACAUGGCGGUAUGGCGCCCCCGCGUUGCCGGCUCUUAGAAUUGCCCGGAGAACUUCGCAAUCGCAUCUACGUAUGUGUUCUGGAAGGUACUUCAUGCCGAGUGCGGCCCAGGCCGCCUCCGUAUCCACUGCGACUUGCUUUCCGCACACCGAGUCGCACGUUGCACUGGUCUUUGCUGAAGAGACAGUCGCUCGGGUUGACGCAGACGUGCCGCAAGAUUCGAGGCGAGUUUCUGCCGCUACAUCGAGCGCAUGCACCCGUCAAGCUGCAGAGCAUGCGGGAGCUGCAAAGAUAUAUCUCGGAUUUCUUUGUCUCGGCCGCGGCAGCCUGCGGCCAGUGCUCUUUACGUCUCCCGUUGAAGGAACAGGCUCACGACGUGCUGGCACUUAUUCGCGCUCUGGACAGUGCACCCGGCCUUUUGCUGCACUGGACAGACAUGCCCCGCUGGGACCGUACCAACCUGGCGGCGCUUAUCGACGUAAAAGGUAAUCGGGUCUGGGGGGAGUACGUCAACCAGUUUGUCACUGGUAUAUGGUACUACGGGGAUCUGUCCGUUUACUACCAGCUGGUCGUCGAGCUCAAGGACACUGCCGCAGAGCCGUGGAUGCUGGAGAAGAGUGGCAGCAACAGUGCUCGUCAAGACGAUUCGGUACACGAGAACCGACCCCACCAGAAGUCUGAAGCCGUUAAAAAGUGGCUGGAAAUGGUUGGGCUUCAGAACAUCGACCGGGAUCUCGAUAGCGUCCAAAUUCAAGUCGCGGAAACGGAAAAAAGCGCCGUUUGUCAAACGAACACCACCUGA